AUGGCCCAACACCCCCCCUCUUAUGGCACAAACUUCACCCCCACAAUCCACCGCAAGCCCUCCGGUCCCACCGACCCGACCAACAUUUCCCUCCCCACCCCCUUCAUCGUAGCCAUAAUCGGAGCAGGAAAAGGUCUCGGACGUCAAAUCGCCCUCUCAUACGCCAAAGCGGGAGCAUCAGGGAUAGUAAUUUCUUCGAGAACGCAAGCGGAUUUGGAUUCUUUGGAGGGGGAGUUGAAAGCUGUAGGGAGGAAGAAGGGAGGAGUGGAGGUGUGGAAGAAAGUUUGUGAUGUACAGAAUAUGAAGGAGGUGGAGGAGGUGGCGAGGGGGACGGGGGAGAAGUUUGGGAGGGUGGAUGUUGUUAUCGCCAACGCCGGCAUAAUAUCCCCCUACAUCACAACCACAACCCCCACCACCCCCGAACAAACCUCCAGCCUCCCAACCUCGCGCCUCCCCAUCGGACUCAUCGAAGACAUCGAAUUCGAACGAAUCCUCAACACCAACCUCCUCGGAUCCUGGCGCGUAGCUUACACUUUCCUCCCGUUACUCCUUAGCUCCAAAGACGGAAUGCAAGCGUGUAUACUCAUCACAUCGAUAGCGAGUCACUUGUCACAUUCGAGUUUGACACCCGUGUCGUAUAAUUUGAGUAAAAUGGGAAUGAAUCGGUUGGUGGAACAUAUUCAUCGGGAUCAUGGGGAGAGGGAUGGAGUGCAGGCUUUUGCGGUACAUCCUGGCGGAGUCCUCACAGAAGGAACAAAACGGCACCACGAAACGCAAAAUGGAGACAUUUGGUCCAGCGAACUCACCGACGACGAAACUCUCUGCGGAGGAUUUCUCACCUGGCUAACAUCGGAAAAACGACCAUGGUUGAGCGGGAGAUAUCUCAGUGCGACGUGGGAUGUGAAUGAAUUGGAACUCAAAAAGGACGAAAUUGUAAACGAGAAUAAAUUGGUCAUGAGGAUGGUUAUUUAG